CACCAACAUCAUCUGCCACGGGAACACCGUCACCUUGCUCCUUUCCGGGAUCUGCGUCUUCGUCCUCCUCAGCUGGACAGCCGAUGAUGGAUCAGCGAAAUGCAAACAUGCUGCUACGCUGUAACAUUAUCCUACAAGCAUCUACUGCUGCAACACAGAUCAGCGAAGGUUCUCCCACGACCUACCUCAAUCGAGGCCAGGCUUAUGCUAUCCAUCUGCAAGAUACUUACGAGCACGACAUUAAUAUUACGAGCACAUUUAUUAUCAUGUUCCACGAACCAUCCCAUCGCAAAGUAGCCCUCAACUAUUGGAAGUUCUGGCUUGGCCAGCAGAAGAAUCCUACAGAGGCCCGCGCUGUAACACUGGAUCAAGACCAGUCCGUGGGGAUCCAUAAUAUCCGGUUUCCAAGUUUCGAUCGCAUCACUUUUGAUUGGAACGGCCGCUAUGGUGCCAAGGUCUUCGUUCGGUUCAAUUGUCUUUCGACAGACUUUUCGCGCAUCAAAGGUGUCAAGGGCAUCCCGUUGCGCGCACAGAUGGAAACAAAGACAACAUUGGCACCUCCAAUGCAAACACCAUCAGACCCACACAUCUUGGCAAAUACUUUGCACCACCAGGCUUCGUCAUUAUCAUCGUCAUCGUCCGCCUCUUCGGCUGACAACAGCAAUGAGUAUAUUGAACAAUGUUAUUGCAAGAUUAAGCUUUUCAGGGAUAAGGGCGCAGAGCGCAAAAACAAAGACGAUGCCAAGCAAAUUGGAAAGCAUCUAGAGCGUGUAUAUGCUGAAGGAAACCCACGUCAGCACCCUUUUUGGCUCAUGUACAACCAGCCCAAACCAUUCAGUGUGUUCAGUGAGAUUCCUACGACACCUCAAGCAUCAGAUACAUUGUUCUCAACAGCAAUUACGGAUGAUCAACAGGAUCAGCAGCAGCAGCAACAAUCUAGUCAAAUUUCAUUGUUUCAGCAAGUCAACAGUAACGAUAACUCAAUGAAUGAUCUGGGCAAUAUGACGUCUACGUCUCCCAACGGAGGAUCUCUCGGUACAAUGACUCAGUAUACCAACCAGCAACAGGCAACUCAGCUGCAGCAUAAACGCUCGUAUUCUCAAGUUGAGGACCGUCAGUCGGCGAAUAUCUUUGAUAUAUCUGCCACAGUACCCGUAUCUUCUCUCACACUUUCAGAUAAUAGCAGUAGUACUACCGCUGCCCACAUUACAGCCACGACCACGGCUACCACAACAGUAGGUCUUUCGCUUUACGUUAACGUCAAGACGACUCAACACCAACGUUUCCAUUCGUCACCUACCCCGACCGCCACAUCACGGUCUCGUACCGACAAAAAGAAGCUUCAACACAUUGUCCUUGAGCAUGUAGCCGUACAAGAGCUGAUCGCGAAGCUAUGUCCAGUAUUAUCGCUCCAUCACAGCCAGGUGUCAGAAGUGCUAUGGCGUCAGCCAAAAAGUGCUUCUACUUCUAGCACUGUCGGAGGCCCGUCCUCUGCUUGGGAUAGCCACGGUCAUCAUCGCAGCACUACAGCAACAUCAACAAAAGCAGCACUAGCAAGAGCCAAUGGCAGUGACAGCACGCUCGUUCGGGUCGAUGACAAGGUACUUGCCACCGGCUUUGCAAACGAUACUGUGGUUGGCGUAGAAUGGGAGAUCAAAUCCGACGGCACAGUUCGUCUUUUGCUCCAGCAAUGAUAGCAAUAAUGAAGAGACUUCUUUGUUUACUAUGCCCCCCCCCACACACACUCACACCCACACCCACUGCCUCGCCUUUCUUUUUCUCCAAAUCACUCUGUUAUUUAUGUUUUUUUUUUCUUUCUUAAUUUAACCAUCGCUUGUAUGUAUGCCUUUCAUUUGCUUUUUUCUUCCAUCCAUUCAUCCAUCUCUCUCUUUUUUUUCUUCCUUACUUACUUACUCACGCACUUACUUUUUUUCUCUCGAUCCACGUAUUCUGUUGCCAUGCGUUGCUGUUGUUGUAUAUG